UACUAAAUUCGCUUUAUUUACGUGUGCCGUUGAAAUGUGCGAUGAAAUUUGAAAUCCCAUCGUAUAUUUGAAACAUUAAUACUUAAUAAUAAUGGAACUGAAAACGAAGCAGAUGAGAAAUCUACUAAAACCUACUCAAGAUCAGAUCAGCAAGAUAGUUUUGUUGUAUAAUAAAGUUCCUGUUAAUCAAUCGGAAGUUACAGCAGUGAGAGCAGUACUUCUUGAACAGCUUCGGUCUUUAAAUGAGAGAUUUAAGAAUUUAAGGAGUGAUGAUGUUUGUGAAGAGACGGAUACAAAACACAAUGAUAUGGCAGCAACCUCAAAGCUGACUUCUGUAUUGCAAGAAAUCAGUGAACUUAUUCAAGUUGUUACAAGUGGCAAUAUACAUGGCAGGACCAAUGAUAAAUUGCAGAUCAAUUGUGACGUAGUAUCACUGGUGAAUAAUUUCACAUUAGCUUUGAGAGCUUUGGAAGAUUUAGAAAGCUUGCCUUUGAAACAGAGACUACAGGAUUGUCUGGAUUAUGUUAAAGACAUGAGCAUGGCAAAUGAAAUCGAGGACCUUCAAAAUAUCAAAGAACUUGGCACUUCAUUAUUGGAGCUACUUGAACCACUACAGAAAUAUAGAAAGAGUUUAGUAUCUGUUUUCUUAUCGGAAAAACUGGCUUUGUAUAAUUGUCAAUUGUGCACGUCAUUUGAGAUGUUGGUUAAACUAGCUCAGGAGCAGCAUCAGCUGAAUGCGCCGAUUUAUGCCUGUAAGAAAUACGUUUGCGAAAGAAUUUGUACUUGCUGCGAAUUAAUCUUGGACUUGUUGAAUGGCUCAAAUCCAUCGCUGGAAGAGGAAACUGCUGACAGAGAAAAUCACUUUAUAUACAAAAUGGACUUGGCAUUAGACAUUAUAUUAGAAAUGCCAAGCAAAUCACAUGAAGAACUGCGAACCGAAUGCGAGGAACUAUGGAUGAGAUUAGAGAGUGUCUUCUCACACGCCAUGGCAAUCACCCAAGUGUGCCAGUCAUACAAUUUCAAUGCCAUAAUUGGAUCGUGCCAGUCCAUAGUGAUGGAGUACGAAAAACUGAAGCAGCAAUUACUGUUGGAAACACCUGAUUCGGCGCUAAAUAACUUGUUCAUGCACACGCUAACCGAUGCUCUUUAUCGUUUGGAGCGCAAAGUUAAUAUUGCGGUACUGACACUCGCGCUUGAAGUGUUCAGCAAUCCGUAUGCAGCUUUGAAGAAGCUUGUUAUGAUGUGUGGAAGUUCGUUAAAUGCGAAAAGACGGUCCAAGAGUGAUCUAAAGACCCUCAUAGAAGACUUCGAUCUGCUCUUCGAUCAAACCAUGCAAAUCGGAAUAUACGCUAUUGCUUGUUGCAAGGACAUAAACCGCAACAAUAAAAUUCGCACGUGCCUUGCGGGAUUCGAAUCCUUGGAAACCGAAUUAAUUUCUGCCAUAACCGCCUUCUAUUUGCAUCCAGAGAACAAAGAAAUGCGUUCCAGUGUUAAACUGCUGACCACACAGUGGCAGCAAGAAAUGAAUAAGUUUCAGAAUGUUGUGAAUCUGAUUAUAAACCCGGCUGCCUUCUGCGAAAUAGUUAUGGACAGUCUUCAAGAACGUAUAAAAGAGAUCUCGGAUUGUCUCGAUAACAGAGAACCGGUUACGCAGUCUCAGGUGCAAGGUAUUGUUCAGCGCGCGUCGGCUUUGUCCGGCCAAAUGACGGCAGUUGUGAACGACAUCGAUGCGAAAAGUAUCAAUCGUCAAACGAUAAUGAUGAUAAGGGAAUUGAAGGCAGCUAUAUACGAAGCUAACAUAGCCGCGAAAACUCUUCUAAUUGACAACGCAACGGAACCUCAGCAAUUGCGAGUGAUAAAACGGUGCGAAUUGAUAUUUAACGUCGUUCAAAGAUUGCAACCCGCUCUGUCCGCGCUCAUGAACAACACGACGCAUGAAAAAACUGCAAGAUUCCAAACGAGUUCCAGUCAUAUCGGUGCUGUUUCAAAUGUUAGUAAUUUUCCGUCCACGAUUUCUGGUUUACCACGUGACGAGAGUAGCUUUGUUUACAUCAGAACACCCUAUACCGUAAAAGCGUACAAGCCGCAGAUAUCUAUUCAAUCGGCGAACAGCGUAGCGCAGAAACCAGCCGCGCUAUCGGAUCUGAUACCUUACAUACGGAACGGCCGCGCGCUUCGGCUCGAGCAGUCGAUAAUGUACAGCUCGCCACUUAAGAAUAAGAAUAACCCGCCAGAGUCAGCCGCUAAAACGAAAGAAAUCUCUCGUAGAAAUCUAUCCAGCAUUAGACAACAUCUUUUCAGCAGGAACAGUUUCGCGGUCCAAACCGAUAUCUCCGUGUCGGAAGAGAGCACGAAGCUAACCGCUGUCUUGGAGAAGAUUUCCUUCAGUUCCAAGUCCGAGGACACAACGCUCCCGUCUUAUCGAUUCUCGAAACGUGACGCGCGAGACGGCAAAUGUUUUGAAAGCAGAAUUUCACAGGCGGCGGUUUCGAACACGAUGGAAAAAUCGUCCGGAUCUGCUAAAUCGGAAACAGACGCUUGCUCGAAUAAACCUGUAACGCUCAAAGUUGGCGAAUGCGCCAUAUCCGGCGGCGGUGACGCGUCUUUAGUCAUAAAAAUGACUAAAAAGCUCAACAGUAUUCAACUUUCCAGUAACGUUCAAACUCCCACAUUGGAAUAAGAGUCUAAGGAUUUGUCUCGCGUCUAAAGAGAGAACAUCGUCUAUACGCGCUACCAGAUAGAAGAACGAGAGCGGCCAAGCCCAUAGGAGUUUUUCCCCAUCGCUUUUCCGUAAGCUGGCGCAUGUCCACGGGUGAUGCACAUUGACACCUACGUAGCGAUGUCCAACUUGUCGAUACGUACGCUAUGUCCACUUGCGGACAUGGUUCUAUUCCGUGCUACGUGCGGUUGGACGUGAUUCAAUUCCAUGUUAUACGCACGUGCGUUUCUAUACAGAUUUGUAAUAUCGAUAUACCGGAUGUCCGCUAUUCGUUAGCACUUGGACGAGCUGAGAAGCGAGAUAAUAUUUUGGUACAAACUAUCAGACAUCGCAGUACUAGCAGAAUCCUCUACAAAUAUUCGAAAUUUAUAAUAACACGACUUUUUCGACUAUAAAAUCAGUUUUUCGAUAUUUUGACAAAAACUAAAACCCGAGAUUUUCGCGUUUUUGCAUAAUUGCAAAAUUGUCAGAAAAUUUCGAGAAAACGACCCAAAAGUGUUUGUGGCGCAUUGUCGGCUUUAUUGGCUAAGAUGCAACUGUCAAACCGCCUGUCAAACCAAGGCUUCAUUUCCCCGCGCGCCUUUAAUAUUCCUCGAUGUUCUUUCCUUUACCUCCGUGAUUUCAAGUUUGAAAAUAGAGAUAAAGAUAAUAAAUCAGGAAAACAUUUUUUAAGAAGUUAGGAAUUACUGUGGAAAAAAUAAAAAGA